AUGACAAACCUUCCUAGUAGUUCUACUAGCUACUUUCUGAGAUUAAUUUACAUUUAUUGCUCUCACAAGUGUGAAACAAGUUCUGGUUCUCUAAAGUUCAAAAUGUCUCAGCAAUCGAAUGAUGAAUCUCCCGUUUCUGACUCAACAACACCAGAAGAGUCUUCUGACCCAAAUAGGGUUCUUAAGGUUGUCCCUCUAAGGAUGAUUAGCAGUGACGAAGUAAAGGCAACAAAGCCUAAAACAACUCAUGCAAAACGACCCAAGGAGGGUAUUCACAACAAGGGCACCAAAUCCUCAACAUCCGCUACCAUGGAGAAACUUACUAAAGAAGGAUCCAAGUAUGUCGACAGUGCAAUUACCAAGAUUGUUAAUCGUAUUCUGAAGGAGAAUCAUCAAGUACAUGGAAUAACCACUCCACUUCAAACCAUAAUGGCUGAUCCCCCUAAUAACACAAGUAAGGCUGAGGCUGUUCACACCGUUGAUAGUGACCUAAAAAUCAACAAGGAUGAACAAGGGGUAACUAAGAAUAUCAAUGUCACCGAGGAUGUAAAUGACAUUGAAAAUAAUGUGCACCCCAAGGCCAACACCGAAACUGACACUAAUGUGGCAGAUUUAGAUGAGUACUCUGAAGACAAAUUACUCACUUCCUUGAACCCGAGUGUAGCCAACAGGCUAAUGACACGAAGAAAAGGCAAAGCUGUUGUUCAAGGAUCACCAAAAAGGAGCACUCAAGUGAACAUUCCCAUCAAAGACACUGUCAGAAGGAAGAGUACUUCUGCUGGACCUGUCAAGAGCAAAGCUGUUACCAAAAGCAAAGGAGUUGGUCCCUCAAAAUCUUGGAGCAGGGUCAUUCCAAAGAAAAGAAAAGAGCGGGAAAGUGUUGAACCUGAAUCUGAUGAUGAAGCAAAUGUCCCUGACAUUCCAUCAAGGAAGAAGCCUACAACCAGUAAACUUGCUGCUAACAUCCCUGAAGUCCCCAUUGAUAAUGUGUCUUUCCACUAUGCCUCUAGUGUUAGCAGAUGGAAAUAUAUUCUCCAAAAGAGGUUGGCUGUUGAAAGGGAAUUGGCUCCAAAUGCUCUUGAAAACAAGGAGGUCUUAGAGCUGAUUCAAGAAGCUGGACUGCUAAAAACUAUAUGCAAUCUUCCCAAAUGUUAUGAGAAGCUGGUCAAAGAAUUUGUGGUAAACCUGUCUGAAGAUUGUGGCAAUAGCAAAAGUGCAGACUACAAAAAGGUGUUUGUAAGAGGUAAGUGUGUAUCAUUCUCUCCUUCUGUGAUUAAUCAAUUCUUGGGAAGAACAGAUGAAGCUCAAACCGAGCUGGAAGUAAUAGACAACCAAGUGUGUCAAGUAAUCACAGCCAAGCAGGUAAAAAGUUGGCCCAUGAAAGAGAAACUCACUGCAAGCAAGCUGAGCAUUAAGUAUGCAAUGCUUCACAAAAUAGGAGCAACUAAUUGGGUUCCAACAAAUCACAAGUCCACUAUCUCAACUGUGCUUGGUAGAUUUCUGUAUGCUGUAGGAACAAUGGCAAAGUUUGAUUAUGGAGCAUAUAUUUUUGACCAAACCAUGAAGCAUGCUGGAAGCUUCAGUAUUAAGGGUCCAAUUGCCUUUCCAUCUCUCUUGAGUGGUAUAAUUCUGGACCAAUAUCCAAACAUUCUCAACAAACAUGAUGUGGGAAAGCAUGUUCCAGACAUUGUCAUGACAUCAGCUGAAACUUCCAAAUCAGGAGUAUCAGUCAGUAAAGCAGAAGUCAUAGUAAUCUUAAAAGAGACUUGCAAAAAAUUGGAAGCUAGAAAAAUGUCUCUUGAACAAAUGAUACGAACUAUGGAAAUGGAUGAGAAUGAGGAGUUUGAAGAUCCAGAAGAGAUGGAAGAAAAAGAUGAUCAAGAAGUAGAGGAAGAAAGUGCUAGUCCUGCUGAUGACUCUGAGAAAGAAAGUUCUUCAGACACCUCAGCUGGUUCUGACUCUGAGCAAUAA